AUGGUAUAUUGUCUUUCUGGUGUUUUGGGUGACAACUUCCGUAGUGUAAAAAUAGUACCAGAACACGCUGGAGAUAACUUGUGUAAACAUGAACAGAUUCAUAAGAUCUUGGAUAAGUCCAAAAACAAGGUCUCUCAACUUGAGGUGAGUUCCUCAAGUAAUGUGAAGGAGGAAGUACUGGGUGACCCGCCCAAAGAUUGUCUAAACCUUGAUGAUUUCAAGAUUGACCCCACACAGGUGCCAGUAGCCACAACAGCCAGACCAGACAUGGACAGCUCUGUUCCUUCUAGCAGUUCUGGCAUCAGUGAAGCAUUCCCAUGUUCCCAGGACAGUUUCCAUAGUGACAAGGAGGGGUGUACCAUUAGCUCUCCUGUCAAAAAGUACAAAAAAUUAAAACAUGAAAAGUACUGUCUGGUUUGUGGAGACAAAGCCCUAGGAUACAAUUUUAAUGCAGUUACUUGCGAGUCCUGCAAGGCGUUUUUUCGGCGAAAUGCAUUGAAAGAUCAGUCACUCAAGUGCUUAUUCCAAGGGAAUUGCAGCAUCGAUAUAAGGACAAGGCGAUUUUGUCCAUUUUGUCGUUUGAAUAAAUGCUACCAAAUCGGUAUGAAGAGAGAAAUGAUUCUUGAUGACAGCGAGAAGAAAGCCCGAAUGCAGAAAGUUUCCAUGAAUCGUGCCCGGAAGCAGUGUGUCCAAAAAGUCAUACAAAUGGACAAUGUAGUGAUAAAAGACGAACCCCUUUCAGACAAUGAGCCUGAGGCUCCAAACAACGAAGUCAACGUAAAUCUUGUGGAGGAAGAAAGUAACAUGUUGCCAGGAGGUGCAGAACCCCAUCCUCUUCAGCAUCCCAAUGAAACUCUUGAAGUUGUGAUAAAGCGUGACAUGUUGCCGAGUGAUCCUCGUCUUUAUCGUACACUUACUCCAAUCGAGAAAAAAUUGAUUAGUGAUGUAACAAUGGCAUAUAAAGAAACUCUAGCAAGCUAUGCUGUAGAGCAACAUGUCAACCAGGAGGAAUAUUAUUCCAACUUGAAUGAUAUUGUCAACAAUUCAGAAGUCGCUGUGCGCCGUUUAAUCAAGUUUGUGAAAUUAUUAACAGAUUUCAAAACACUCAGUCAGGAAAACCAAAUUGCAGCUCUGAAAGCAUGUGUGCUGAAUACUUUGUUGUUGCGAUCUGUCAACUUCUACGAUGUUGAAAAUGAUGCGUGGCGUACUCCCACUGGUAGCAUUCCAACCAAUGUGCUGAAGCAGGCCACAGGCCAUCAUCAGCUUCAUGAGGCCCACACUUCAUAUUGCCGUAGCCUCAAGGCUAUCACUCAGGACGACGAAUAUAUCAUGGCCAUUUUACAAGUGAUCAUCAUCUUCAAACCAGACGGAGUGAAUCUUGAACACCGUCACGAAGUUUCCGAUUUACAGGACAAAUACAUUCUAUUGCUCAAACAUUAUCUAGAAUCCAGUUUUAGUUACAUGCAUGCACACGUAGUGUUUUCCAGUUUGCUACGUAAAUUUAACGAGCUGCAAAAGAUCGGCGAUGACCAUGCUAAAGUUGUACUUCAAGUGAAUGCCAGUCAGAUUGAACCUCUCAUGCUAGAAGUUCUGAAUCUUCAUUAGCAUCUGAAAUCAUGUGACCAUUCUUAUCCAUUAUUUUGUAUAAUUGUUCUUGUUCCAUUGUUACAUUAUUCCUUCUUAUGUGUUUGUGCAUUGGUGUGCA